GUAAGUACCAUCUGCAGCAAAUCCUGGAGCGGAAUGCACAGAACUCAAGAAUGAUCAGGCAUUAGACGGGAGAAUCAGUCGACGGCAACGACGAUCACACGAAUUACGCAUUCGGUCACUGAGGUGACGCAAGUAUUGAGAAUGACAACGGCGCAUUUCGGCGUCCAAGAGCAUGUUCUACCAACCUCGUACAUCCGAGAAUAUGCCCGAUCGACUGCCGACGACCAGGAACACGAGCUCAAAUUGGCUGUUAAGCAAUAUACGCCAUUGAAGGCUGCCCAGCCUGGACUGCGGAGCGUGACCAUCGUCGGCGCACACGCAAACGGGUUUCCCAAGGAAUUAUAUGAGCCCCUGUGGGAUGAGCUGUACGUACGACUUGAAGCCCGGGGCCUACAUGUUUGCAAUGUUUGGAUUGCCGAUGCGGCGCAUCAAGGCGCAUCUGGAGUUCUAAACGAAGAACAGCUGGGCGAUGAUCCCUCGUGGAUGGAUCACUCGAGGGAUCUGUUUCUCAUGAUAAACCAUUUUCGGAAGCAAAUGCUACGACCUUUGAUCGGUGUUGGCCACAGCAUGGGAGGAUGCCAUCUUGCAAACUUAUCAUUGAUGCAUUCCCGACUCUUCACCACCCUGAUCCUGAUCGAUCCGGUCCUGAUGAGACACAACCCCUCUGAGAAAGGCCCUCCUCUCGCCGUGAUAUCUACACGGCGCCGCGAUCUAUGGCCCAGUAGACGCGCCGCGGAAUCCGGGUUCCUCAAGUCCAAAUUCUAUCAAAACUGGGAUCCCAGAGUCCUAGCCAAUUGGGUCCGCUAUGGCUUGCGAGACCUGCCGACACAGAUAUAUCCUGACACAGACACAACCCAGCAACAUGACGUCGGAGUCACUCUCACAACAACCAAGCAUCAGGAAGUCCUAAGCUUCAUGAGGCGGAACUUUCCGACAAAGGACUUCCCGAACCCUUCCAUCGAGCCGAAUCCACGAACACAUCCCGAUGUGGAUCCAAAUAUACAGCCGUCCUCGCCUUUUUACCGCUUUGAAAUACACUCGACUUUCCACAAACUUCAGUUCCUCCGACCCAGCGUACUCUAUCUAUUUGCAGACCAAUCGGGAAUCUCGAUGCCGAUCUUGAUCGCGGACAAGAUGACAGUUACAGGGACAGGUGCUGGCGGUUCAGGGGGCGUGAAGAAGGGCAGGGUCAAGCAGAUUACUUUCAAGGGAAUUGGUCACCUCAUCCCCAUGGAAAUUCCAAAUGAAAGUGCAGAGGCUUGUGCGGGAUGGAUCGUGCCUGAGAUACAAAGGUGGGCGGAGAACGAAGCGCAGGAUCGUGCGGAACAAGCUCAAGUGCCGAGACACUUGAGGAGUCAGAUGAACGAAAAUUAUGUCAAGACCAUGCUCAGCGGAUGGUACCAGCAGCAGGGAGGGCAAUCAGCGAAGCCAACAAAGUUAUGAGAAUACUAACGCUGCAUCGUUCGUUGUUGCAUCGUUCGCGUAGUCCCUCGCGUUUUGAUGAAGUCAUGUAUCAGCCAUAUCUGUGUCGCCAUUUUCGCCGGCCGUCUCUGCUUCAUUCCCUUCACCAGUCCACCACAAAGUUGGACCGAGACCACUGUGCAUCAUACUUCCUCUGAUU